GCCAAAAAAGGGGCCGAGAACAAUCGUUAUUGCUGCGCAGUUGUUGUUUCUUAGACGUGUCAUUUGUUUGUCUAAUUGCGCUAGCUAACAAAGACAAAACACCAUAAAAUUGCGAAAUCCAAAUAAGUAAAUUAUGCGCACAUGCGCAGAAAUCGAAACAGCAUUCCAGCGCACAAAGGAGAACCCACCACCUACGAAAAUCGCAAUACCAAACUGAAGCGGAGGAGGGGCUGGACUCCACUUUUCCAGGGAGAAAGCGAGAACCCAAGAGAGAGGACGCAGACGAGACUCCAGCUCGGUAUUUGAGCCAUCGUCAUUCCGCUGCUCCGUCAGUUUUCAGAGGACCUUCGAAGUGGGCAGCCGAGAAUCCAAAGUCUCCUGGCGACCAAAUAACAAAAAACCCUAAAAAAGCAAAUAUCCAGUUGGCAGAGAAAAGCUUAAGUGGUAAUUGGCUGCGACUCAAAUUACUUUAGUUGUGCAAAAGGCAAAAGUCAAAAAGCAAGCAAAAAGCUAUCAAAAUAAACUCGAGAGUGGCGUGUGUCCAUGUGGAAAAUCGAUCGAAUCGUAGAGUAUUUAUCGUGUAAUUGUGCCCAAUAGCCACGCAAUUCGCAGACCGUUUUAUUGAUUUUCCCCACUGCCUCGCCAAGUUGCAAAUAAAACCUAUAUUUUCCCUUCCAUCUUGCCCAUUUUUGCCAUCUUGCAGCGUGCAAAUUGCAAGUUAAAUGCGAGAAUUUACAUAACGCCGAGCGUUGAAAGUGAAACUUCUGUGGUGCGAACGAAACACUGAAAGAAAGAAAAACCUAUUACAAAAUAUCAUAUCUGCCCAGUGUAGUAAAAGUUGGAGCGCAAGGAGCGGGAGAGCAGCAGUGGAAAACCGAGAGCCGAGAGAGCUAGAGAGCCGAACGUGCGCACGUUUUCCUGGUCAGGACACACCGACACACCAAUAAUCCUUGAGAGCAAAGGAAGCAGCAGAAGCAGCCAACAUGUUUUCUGGCCUAACAAAUCAAUUUACCUCGCUGGUGGGCGCCGUGAAGGGCGGCGCUGGCGAUGAGGAUGUGCCCGCGCCCACAGGAGAGGCGGCCUCAGCCGCUCCAGCAGCCGCCUCCACAUCCUUGGAGGCCACCUCGUCAGCAGCCGUGGAUCCGGAGGCAGCUGCCGCCGCCGGCGGUGAAGGACUGGAGGGCGAGGAAGCUGGCAAAAGACUUCCCAAAUCCGCCUCCCUGGUUGAUUCAUUAGUCACCGAAGCCACCGGAUGGUUGGGCAGUGCCAAGGGUUGGUUGGGAAACGCCUCGAUACCGUCGAUGCCAGCCAUGCCGUCGAUGCCAUCGAUGCCAGCAAUGCCAGCGAUGCCGUCGAUACCAUCGAUUCCGGGACUUCGCAAAGCCGGAGGAGCCGAGGGGGCAGAGGGCGCCGAGGGAGCUGCAGCCGGAGAGGGCGGGGCCGCCGCCAGUGGAGCCGUGAGUGGUGGCGAGGAUGACGACAAGUCGAGGUAUAUUAGCGCCACGGAGGGCGCCGAUUCGCAUCCUGCAUCGGGCGGUGGCACGCCCACCGGCGACGAGGGUCAAAUCGGACAGGGUAAGGGCGAUGAAGUCAAAAUUACCACAAAAGUAACACAGCAGGCCAAACACUUUGGGUCCUUCUUGUCAUCGGCCAUCAGCAAGGCGGGCAGCAAAAUCAAGGAAACAGUCAAGGAUAAUACCAUUCUCGACUCGUUCAACAAGGAGCAGGAGGCCUUCAUCAAGGGCCAGGGCGGCAUCGGCAAUGGGGCAGCCCCCUGGAUCGGACACGCCAACGAGGCCAAGAUCAAGGAGGAGAUCCUGGGCCUGUCACAGGAUCGCCGCAACUUCGUGCGCGCCCCGCCCGCCGGCGUGGACUUUGAGUUUAGCUACGACACCGCCUAUCCCACGGCCAUAGCCAUUAUGGCCGAGGACAAGGCGCUCGAGACGAUGCGAUUCGAGCUGGUGCCCAAGAUCAUCACUGAGGAGAACUUCUGGCGGAAUUACUUCUACCGCGUCUCACUGAUCAUCCAGGCCGCCGAGCUGGGCACUCUGGGCGCCGAUGGCGUGGGCCAGGCCUCCAGCGGCGAAGAUGCCAACGAAGUGGCCAGUAAAGUGAGCAAAUCCAAGACUGACGAAGCAGCCAAGAGCGAUUCAAGUCUGAAAGCCAUAGCCGAGCAGCCGAAGGCCGUGAUAGAGCCGAAGGUCCAGGAGACCAAUGGGGCAGCCAAGUCGAAAGCUGGUGCCGGCAAAGAGCUGGGUCAGAAGAUCUCCGAAUCGGAAUUCGUUUCGGACGACUUUCAGGCCUCGAGUGAAUCGGACUUGGCUGAAAUCCAAGACGGCAUGCGCAAAUUGGGCAUCGAUAGCAUGACCCAACUAGCACUAGCCACGACUGAUGAGGAACAAUGGGAAAAGGAUCUGGAAGCUGAACUCAAGGACUACGAGGUGGUUGACGAAGGCGGCACUGGCGGCGGCGGCGGAGGACGCAGAAAAGGCAGAAAGGCCGGCGAGGAUGAGGCGGAGGUGGAGGAGGACGAACCGACAAUAUCAAACUUGCGCACACGCUCGACUAACAACGAUUGGGAGGAGUACGCAGAUUUAAUUGAGGAUACCGAUGAUUUAAAGUAAUUAAGAGCUUAUAUCGUAGUUUCUUCUAAGUUGGCUCUAAGUUUAUAACAAUCUUUACUUUAUCUUUCUUUCCAUUCCUUUCUAACCUUGUUUCCUCCUUGAUUGAUUACCCUAAUAUUGUUAAACCUAUCAAAAUACAAACAUAUUUGAAACCACAGAACUUUGAAGUGCCUAAAGCGCACGAUGUUGGGCUAUCCAUGAGACGAGGCAGUCCCAGCGCUCUUCUAGUGCCAGUGGUCCACAGACAUAUCCCUUGGGGCUUGCCUUGGGGUGGCCUAUUGGAAAAGUUGGUUAAGAUACUACCCCUUCACACCCACUCAAUUAUUGGCCCCAGAGCAAAUCGUUUUAUUCAGUUACCUUCAGACAUGAUAUAAGACACUAAAGCAAAAGAAAACGAUUUUAUUGAACCUUAACGUUUUAAAGAAAUCAACCAAGCCCAAGCCUAUCUGGUAUUCAAAUGUAUCUACUAUAUUAUCUUUUAUUUGGUUGACACACCGAGUGGCAGCGGUAGAGGGAGUCGUCGGUAUUACUUGCCAAUUGUUCAGCACACGAAAUCCGAAAUCUGGCAGUCAGUAACCUAUCAAUAAGUACUUACAUAUAUAGACACAAAACUAUGAAUGCAGGCUAAACGAGAAACUAGCUAAUGCUAUAGAUGCAGAUCAUAUUUCAAUAUAGUGACUAACAAUUGAGUAAAUAAAACAAGCUUCAAAGGGAAAAUUUUGUUAUUUAUAUUUAUAAAUAAAUUAUAUAUAAAUAUAUAUACACAUAUAUAUAUAUACAGAUAAAUUAAUGCAUUUGAAUUUAAUGUGUAAAAAUUAUUAUAAUAAAAAUAUAGAUAUAAAAUAUGUAAAGAUACGAGAGACCCAAAAUAAAAGUUGAAAAUUUGAGUUGAAAAAUCCUCAAUACUGCUCUUUUCUUUAGAAACUUGCAAUUGAAAUACAAGCAAAAUAAAACUUAGUAAUUCAUUAGUUGAGAGCAAGAAAAUAACAUUCAAGAGUAUUAUUUCUCCCUCAAAUAGUUUAUAGUCAAACAAAAAUAUUAAACAUUGAAUAAAUUAUCAUUGAUUGAUGCUUAAACAACACGUUGAGAAAUAAAUAACAAUGCAUAUAAAUAAAAUACAAUUGUUUAGCUCAAUUUAAGGCGCGCCAACAAGUUUUCUUUUCCGAACAUUUUUAGUUCGAAUUAAAAUUCUUUAGGAUUUUUUCUAUACAACUCUCACCUUGCUGUUCCACUAACGAGACACGAAACUUCCUUGAACGAAACUAAAAAGAAAAUGCCAAAACAAUAAUAUUCUGAAUUGGACUUGAAAGAUCAAGAACUAAAAUCGCAAUUAACAAAUUACAAAUAACAAAUGAAAAGUAAAUGCAAUUAUAAACAAUAAGCAGUUCAAAACCUUUGAAACAAAUAUAUACACAUAUAUAUUUAUAUAUUUCACUAGACAAAUUUUUAUGCAUAAACUAAAAACAAAACAAAUUCUAUAUUAUCAAUGUUUUUGCUCUAAAUGUCUAACUAAUUGUUAAUAAAACCAAAAAUCAAAUUAUUUUCUGCAGACAAAACGUUAUAUGAGAAUGCUAUGAAUGUGUAAUUAUUUGUUAGCAGUGACGAAAUAUAUUAAAAUCAAGCGGAUGAAAUGGAAAAAGUAAACGUUAUGACAUUAAACUGUAUAUUGUACAUUUACUUUUAAACAAAUGAAAUGUAUUUACACGAAAACGGCAUGGAAUAUGAUAAACUAAAGAAAUUUUAAAAUUUAUAUUUACUUUGUGCGUUUUUAAACAUGUUGGCGACACAAUGACAAGCAAAUUAGUGCAUAAACCGAACUAAUAAUAACAAUAAAUAUUAACAAUUAAUGAUAAAUAAUGUAAAGAUGUUGACAACAUAUGUAUUUUACAAGGCAGAUUAACCCAAACCCCAGACCCGAUCCUAACCGAUUCCCGAAAAAUAUAUCAAGUCCCUGCAUUGAAUCUCUCUAACAUAUUUUUUAUUGUCUGCAAACAGUUUAUUAUUAAACCGAACAGAACGAAAAACAAUUAAAUUAAUGUUUAUGAGCAAAGUUUGUUGGGCAGCAUUCCAUUAAUAUAACAUUGCAAAAUGAAAUAAAAUAUAUGUAUAUGUACUAAUUAAAGUAUAUCACCCCCGAAACGGAAAACCAAAACUAUAAUUUAGUUGUUUAAUGAUUGAUAAUAUUUAGACACAUGAGGAUGCCCCUUAGCACCCUCCGAAUGCAAAAAUAGUCAGCAGAAAGCAGAGACACUCCUUGAAAUGCCAUAGAACAUUUUCCACUCCAAUGUAAAACCAAGCGCAGAACGUGGAGUUUCUCUGACGAGAGCACCCUGAAAACUAAGCACAGCAAACGGAAAAUAAACAAUACAUUUUGUGUAAAGUUCGAUGACAAACCGAAGACAGCAGCAUGAUCACAUACGAGUAUAUACAUAAUAAAUAUAUAUGAGAACAAUUUAACGAGAUUAAAAUCAACUAAAGUAAUAAAGGGAAAGUGUAUAACUAUUAAAACUAACGAAAAAACACAACUCUUUUAUUUCAAUUUUCGCUAUUGCAUUCAAUUUAUUCACAAUAAUUUUCGAUACAUAAAUUACAGGACCUAAAACUAAAAGGAUUAGACAAAACAAAUUUUUUGACAAUACACAAUGAAUUAACAGCGGGUGUUAAUAAGCAUGCUAUUGUUUGCCAGUGGCAGGUCAAUCAAAAAUUUACAAUAUUGCAUUUGGCUAAAAUCUGGAAAUCUCAUAGGUGCCCCCAUAUUUGCGGAGCAAAUACAUUCAAAUUCGAAGCGGGGAUAGGGAUCGACUUUGAUUCGCUUACGGCUA